CACGCAGACUCGAGUCAUGUAACCAUUCCGAUGCGGGGUAAAGCCGCCAUCGGAAACUCAGUGUGAAGCCAAAGCUCGUGGAGUGCACCACGACUUCACGCUUCCUCUACAUAGCAGGAGUUUAGUAGGCCUGGAUUUUUUUCUCGUGAAAACAGAAACAAGUGGUAAAGAUCUCUUGACAUGCACCAAAGUCAACCAGAUAGGCUUCCCCGAAACGACUUUGCGAAGGGAACUAUCUCAUUUCAGAAAUUCUAGUUAAGUGAAAGGGCUGCCUGCAAUCGCUGCCACCGGAUUUCCCUAUUCGUGACGGUCUUAGGAAACCAUAUCUUGACGGCAAACGCUUAUCUUGAAAUCAUCAAGUUGAAGAAGAAGAAAAAGGGUUGGUGCAAGGUCGUCAUUCUUGUUCGUGUUUUCAGUGUCCGUGAGUUUACUUUUUGCACGGCAAUUAUUGUUCUUCCAAUGUCACGCCUCUCGCUCGAUGUUACCUCUUCAGUGCAAUCAAUCACUUUAAAAUUCAAGAAAAGCUUGACUCUUCAACCCUAGACAAAGGAUCAAACAGAGUUCAUCCCUGGCGCCUCUCGGGCACUAUUUUUGCCUUCAUCUCAAGUCCUCAAGAACCAUCGGCGGAGACGGACGUCCCUGAAAUCUGACGACUGAGUGUCAACUUCUGACGUCAUUGGGAAUUCCAGUUUUCUACUUUACCUUCGCGCCUAUCCCAACAACCAAGCAACCAAGCAACCAACCAGCACACCAGCACACCUAGAGGCAUCCUUCAACGUGACCUAUGACCUCGAAGCAAACGGUGGACAAACCUCGUGCGUCUUCGCAUCGAUCAGCUGAUUCCUGCAUUCCUGCCAUGAACAGCACUACGGGUAAAAAUAGCCAGGGGUCGGAGGCGUCUGUGCACGGCUGAUCCUAGCAUCCCCAUGAGAACGAGAAGCAGGAACAGGUGGAAACGAAGAAAACGAGAGUGAUCACUGUGAUCACCACGAGUUGCUUGAAUUCAGGUAGUUGGUGGCCACGAUAGCAAAUAUAUAGCGGUGGUGAUGACGAUGAUUAUGCUGAUGAUACUGAGAACCCUCCUCCGACUGGAUCUGAAACCUGGCCAAUUGGUUGCAUAAGAGUUGAAUUGCUCUUUUCCUGUCCUGGACAUGCCCUGUGGUCGUAAACGAGCUGUGCCCCAUGAGAGAGGAUAUGAGUCUCAGUGCUUUUGUAUCAGAGGUGCGAUUCCACAAUAAUCCAGCUGCCCACGAGAAUCUGGAGGGUGACACGACCGUCCGGAUCCAGAAAUACCGCCGACGAGGUAGCGAUGACCUCGUUCGCGAGGAUGGGCCUUCCACGGCCCACACCACCCUGUCCUCGGCUCCGUCGAGCUCAUUCAAGGUCAACACGAGUGGAAAGCCCAAACGAUCCCCCAAUUACUUGGCCGAGGAUGCCAUCCAAAGAGAGCACGAGUUUCUCCAGACGGAGCGAGCCCACUCGUCCAGAUCACCCACACUACCCCCACUUCCUGCCACGCCCCCUCAAGGGGAAAGUAGAAGGUGGCGAGAAAGUCAUGUCUCGACAUUCCACGUCACUGGUUCCUACGAAGGAAGCGAACAUGAGGUGACCUCGGACACCUCCAUUUCGUCGUCGGAUGGCGCCGAGCGGCUCCAGUCCCAUUUUGAUCCCAAUAAUUGGAUGUUGAGUUCGCCACCAAGGCGUUGUCGGGUCUUGUCAUCCACUUUGAAUGAAAUCAACGAAUCAUUAGCACCUUCUGUCAUAUCCAAUCAUCGGGUGGAACGCCGAGAAACAUCCCCCUUUCCCGGGCCGAUUGAUCCACCCCAAGCCCCACAUGAAGAGGGUGUUCCUGAUUCGGUCAGGAAGUCAAAGUGGCCAUUGCCAAAGUACAUUCAUAAUAUCAUAGUUCAUCAACAAAUGCACGAAAAGAAGCCACAAGACGAAUCGAAACUCAUGCGGCAACUCGCCAAAAGUAUCAUGCUCCCGGAUGACCCUUCUGAUCCUGCAGCCUUCACCGUCACCCCUGGUCUCACACGACCCCCCAAGCCCCCAUGGUGUAGCUCCAAGCCCGUUCUAAAGAUUGUUGGCACUUUCGCGUUCAUGAUGUCCUUGGGGAUCAUCAUCGCCAUCAUCUACUUGAAUUGGUAUUCAAAUACAUUUCGGCCCAUGGACAUGUGAGGGCCUGGAAUUAACCCUGAUGUGUCCCAUUCAUUCAUUCAUUAUUCAUCCAUUCAUCCCGUGGUUGUUUCCGUUUGGCAUUACUGGAUCCAACGCAUACAUGUUGGACUUUAUAACAAGAUCGUGAUAGAUUUUCAAAUUUGAGUUGUUUUCUGCUUUUUCUUUUUACUCAUGCAUCAUCCAAUCAUCAAUUUAGGAGAAAAAAACAUACGUGUGAUAAUCUUUUGUACUUUGACUACUGCUACUCCAUCGACCUGUGAGCUGUGAUAAUGCAAUAAAGUAUUGUGAAGUCUU